CAUAUUGCCUAUAUUCGUUCAUAUCCGCACUUUUCGUUCAUAUCCGCGGAUAUGAGUCAUAUACGUAUUUUAGACGGACCGUUUGUGACAAGUGUCUUCGAACAUGCUUUAAUCAAAAGACCCCUGCAACUAAAAAACGAUUUGGUAAAAAAUUGAGAAACAGAAAUAGCACAAAAUGGAUUUUCAAAAUCGUGUUGGUGGGAAAACAGGUGGUGGAGGUGUUGCCUCAGCGUCAGAGUCUAACAGGGAUCGUCGGGAGAGGCUCAGACAGCUUGCCUUGGAAACCAUUGACCUCAAUAAGGAUCCUUAUUUCAUGAAAAAUCACUUGGGCUCCUAUGAGUGCAAGCUGUGUCUCACACUACACAACAAUGAGGGCAGCUACCUGGCCCAUACACAGGGCAAGAAACAUCAGGCCAACCUAGCACGCCGAGCGGCCAAGGAGGCUAAAGACGCACCUGCUCAGCCAGCCCCAGAGAAACCAAGGGUGGACAUCAAGAAAUUUGUGAAGAUUGGUCGCCCAGGUUACAAAGUUACCAAACAGAGAGAUCCAGAAAAUCAGCAACAAAGUCUUUUAUUUCAGAUUGACUACCCCGAGAUUGUGGACGGCAUCAUGCCCAGACACAGGUUCAUGGCAGCCUAUGAGCAGAAAGUGGAGCCCCCUGACCGCAGGUGGCAGUACCUGCUGUUUGCAGCAGAGCCCUAUGAGACUAUUGCUUUCAAGGUUCCAAGCAGAGAAGUGGAUAAAGAUCCUAAGAAGUUAUGGAAUCACUGGAACAAGGAAACAAAACAGUUUUUCCUGCAGUUUGCAUUCAAGGCAGACUCGAAGCCCCAGCCACCACCAGCUCCCCCAAAGAGUGACAACGCUCAGCGUGGAGGUCCUGUGAGGGAAGAGGAGAGAAUGGAGGUGCAGCAGGGGGGACCACCCCCACAGGGCAUGCCCCCUCGCAUGCCUCCCCCACCCCCCAGAAUGCCUCCACCCCCUAUGAGCGGCCCUCCUCCCAUGGAGAUGCCCCCAGGCAUGGCCCCUCCGCCUCGUCCCCCUAUGCCACCGGGACCACCUGGUCCCCCUCCAAUGGCCCCUCCCCCUAUGCCUCCCAUGGGUGGCCUGCCAGGUAUGGGGGCGCCCCCUCCCCCACCUGUCCCCCCUCCCCCGCCUAUGUCAGGCCAUAUGCAACAUGUGAGGGCAGCUGCACCUCCGCCACCACCACCACCAUCUUCAUAGACUACAUUGUGUUGGAAUGUUCAUUUGUAAACAUGAUCAUGCCAUUUUAUGUAAUUAUGUAUACUUGUUUUCAUGAUUCACAUUUGUCAUGGUUAAAAAUUAAGCCUAGAGAUGUCCUAGUAUGUUUUAAAUAUAUGUAAAUUGCAACUGUAAACAAUCUCAAGAACUGUAAUAAUAGUUGAAACUACCAGAGAGAUCAUGUUGAACUUUGGUUUCCAGUUUAUAAGUUAGAGGAUCAGUUGUUUGUUAGUUAUCAGAUUGUUGUAGAUCUACCUUGUAUGUUUGAAUUAUAAUUUUUCUCGUGGAUUUACAAGCAGAGUCUUAAUGUUUUCAAAAGAACUGUGCAAACAUUUAGUAAUCAAUUACAAAUAUUUCUGACUUCAAUUGUUAGAAUUUCCAUGGUAGAAACUUUCAUAGAUAAAUAUGGUCAUCAUUUUAAGAUUUUUGUAAUGUAUUUCUUUAACCCUUUGCUUGCUGGGAAAUUUGUCGUCUGCUAAAAUGUCUUCUGCUGAAUUUCUAAAAUUAGCAUUUUCUUCGAUUUUUUUCAAAGAAUACUAUCAGAAUAGCAAACAGUUUGGAUCCUGAUGAGACGCCACGUUUUGUGGCGUCUCAUCUGGAUCCAAACUGUUUGCAAAGGCCUUUAAAAUUCGGUUCCCGCACUGAAAGGAUUAAGCUCAUGUGAGCACAAAGUGAUCAAGGUGAGCAUGUGUGAUUUUAUGUCCAGUUUCCUGUGGUUUAUAACGUCAGCUAUUAGAGCGUUAAUACUCUUAAGACAUACUUUUCUGGAUGGAACUUUCUCUGACUUGGUUUGAAUAUGAACUCAGGUGAGCACUACAGGGCCAUCAUAUCAUGUGGAUGUUAUCGAUUUUUAUGUCCCCCACCACUAUAGUGGGGGACAUAUUGUUUUUGCCCUGUCUGUUGGUUGGUUGGUUGGUCUGUUGGUUGGUUUGCGCCAACUUUAACAUUUUGCAAUAACUUUUGCUAUAUUGAAUAUAGCAACUUGAUAUUUGGCAUGCAUGUGUAUCUCAUGGAGCUGCACAUUUUAAGUGGUGAAAGGUCAAGGUCAAUGUCAUCCUUCAAGGUCAAAGGUAAAAAAAGUCAAAGCGGCGCAGAAGGGGACAUAGUGUUUCUGACAAACACAUUUCUUGUUUUUAUUUUUAUUCAGAUGUACUGGUUAUUGAUAUUAAUGCAUUGAAUGAGAAUAAACCAUACAACAAAACGUCA